CCUGCUCGAAUAAUUCUUCUUAAAGAAGGAACUGAUUCCUCUCAAGGUGUACCGCAAAUCAUAAGUAACAUAAAUGCCUGUCAAGCUGUUGCUGACGCUGUUCGCACUACCCUCGGCCCUAGGGGUAUGGAUAAGCUUAUGCUAGACAACAACGGCAAGGCUACUAUUUCCAAUGACGGGGCAACGAUUUUAAAGAUGCUGGAUAUCGUUCAUCCGGCUGCCAAGUCUUUACCUUUCAUAGAAGAAAACGUCCAUCCGGCCGUAAUUAUAAGAGCUUUUCGCGAGGGAGCCAGGAUUGCAUUGGCAAAACUGAAUGAACUGGCUUGCCGCAUUCAGGAAAACAGCCCUGCCGAGCAGCGGAACAUGUUAGAAAUGUGUGCUGCCACUGCCCUCAGUUCAAAAAUGGUCGCAGGACACAAGGGGUUCUUUUCGAAGUUGGUGGUGGACGCUGUAGCGGGUGGAGCUUUAGAAGAUUCGAUGCUUGUGAAUGGUGUCGCAUUUAAGAAGACUUUUAGCUACGCCGGUUUUGAGAUGCAACCGAAGUCAUACAAGAAGCCGCUUAUCGCAUUACUGAACAUUGAACUCGAAUUAAAAGCAGAAAAAGAAAACGCAGAGGUCAGGCUUAAUACUGUAGAGGAGUACCAAAAAGUGGUUGAUGCAGAGUGGAGUGUCCUCUACGAAAAGCUGAACAUGUUGCACAAAGCUGGCGUAAAGAUCGUGUUGUCAAAGCUGCCAAUCGGUGAUGUUGCUACGCAAUAUUUUGCUGACAGAGACAUGUUUUGUGCCGGUCGUGUGCCCGAGGAAGAUCUGAAAAGAACUCAGAUGGCUUGUGGUGGUAGUAUCCAAACAACCGUCCAUGGUCUAACACAGGAUAUGCUUGGACAGUGUGACGAUUUUCAGGAGAUACAGAUUGGCUCUGAGAGGUACUUUACUUUUCACAAUAAUCACUCUUUUAGAUUUAACAUCUUUAGGGGCGGCUUACAGGCUCAAACUUGCACAAUUAUCCUUCGGGGUGGCGCUGAACAGUUUAUGGAAGAAACAGAACGAUCGCUCCACGAUGCGAUAAUGAUUGUCCGCCGGGCCAUCAAAAAUGAUGCGUUCGUUGCUGGCGGUGGAGCUAUCGAUAUCGAACUUAGUAAACAUUUGCGUGAGUAUGCACGCAGCAUACCAGGGAAGGACCAGUUAUUUAUAACUGCGAUGGCCAGAGCAUUCGAAAUAAUUCCCCGCCAAUUAUGUGAAAACGCUGGCUUUGAUCCCACAAAUCGCACGCCAAAGGCAAGUGCCAACAAUUAUAUGCGAAGUGAAGUUUGGGCUGGCGUCGACAUACAGAAUGAAGAUAUUGCUAACAACUUUGAGAAGUUCGUUUGGGAACCCGCCCUUGUGAAGGGAAAUGCAAUUGUCGCGGCGACAGAGGCUGCUUGCUUGAUUUUAAGUGUUGAUGAGACAAUUAAGAAUCCUGAGUCUAAAAACCCCAGCGACGAGGAGCCUGUGCCACGGAGAAUGCCCCAGCAAUGUAUGUGA